UGCGCCGUAAUUAAAGGCUUUCAUCACUUCCAUUGGCACGAAGGACUCUCGUGCCUUCAGCCUUGCUUUUCCGAACUCCCCCCACCCCACUCCUUGCGAACCAGUUCUCCGGCGCUCUGCCGGGAUCUGGCCGUUAAAUCUCGUCGGGGACCCAAGAUUGCAUCGACCCCUUUAUGGGUUUGCGAAGAUUGAACCAAACAAGCGGUUGUUUUGUGUAGUUCUGUUGAAUUUAUUCACAUUCUUUGUAUUUUCUCGCUGCCAUUUUUAAAUUUUUUGGAGAUAUAUACAUAUAUUUUUAAUGUUGAGGGCUGAUAUUAAGUGUGUUCACAUGUGGGUUCUUCGUAUUUGAUUGUUUUAAAGGGUUUUUAUGAAUUUUGGAUUUGAGAAGGUUUUAGAGUUUCGAGGCGGUCCGGUUCUGUAAAUUCUGAAUGUAACGUUUGGGUAUCUUCAUUACGAGACAUUGAGAUUACGAGAUCAAGUGGGUUAUUUAUAUCUUCAAGUGUUUGUCGGUGCUCGCAUCGAGGGAGUUCUGGAUUUGAGAUGAUUACUGAAUUUUUUUAAAGGUAAGAGUUUGUGGGGAAAAGUGUCGGUGAGGUGAAUUGGGAGGGAAUGGUUGCACAAUGUGUAAGGUAGAGGAAUGUAAUGGGAAGUGUGGAAAAGGGAGAGAGUGGGAAAUGAGUUUGAAGUGUUUGGGAGAAGGGAAAGUUGAGAAAUCGAGGAUUCCGAUGGUUUCGCGAUCCCGAAUGAAGCUGUGGAUGAUCCGGGCAAUGACGACGGUCUUGCUGUGGACUUGUGUUGUUCAGUUAGUGGCAUUGGGUGAGAUGUGGGGGCCAAGGUUGUUGAAGGGCUGGCCUUCUUGUUUCCCACAUUCCGAGUCAUCUUUGCGUGAUGAAGUGCCUUCUCUUCCCCACAAAGUUGUUCUUCCGCCUAAGAGGGUUUAUAAGAAUAAUGGUUAUCUUAUGGUAUCUUGCAAUGGAGGGCUCAACCAAAUGCGUGCAGCGAUAUGUGACAUGGUUGCUAUUGCCAGAUAUUUAAAUGUCACUCUUAUUGUUCCAGAGCUUGAUAAAUCCUCCUUUUGGGCUGACCCAAGUGAAUUCAAGGACAUAUUUGAUGUCAAUCAUUUCAUUACAUCCUUGAGAGAUGAGGUUCGAAUAUUGAAAGAGCUGCCACCCAGGCUUAAGAAAAGAGUUGAACUGGGGAAGUUCUAUUCAUUGCCACCCAUUAGUUGGUCCAACAUUUCCUACUACUAUAAUCAGAUUCUUCCUUUGGUGCAGAAAUACAAAGUAGUACAUUUAAAUAAAACUGAUGCUCGACUUGCUAAUAAUGGGCUACCUUCUGAUAUACAAAAGUUGCGUUGCCGAGUAAAUUUUAGUGCUCUACGAUUCACUUCAGAGAUAGAGGAAUUGGGUAGAAAGGUGGUUAGAAUUUUGAGGAAAAAUGGCCCAUUCUUGGUGCUUCAUCUCAGAUAUGAAAUGGAUAUGUUGGCUUUCUCUGGAUGCACACAUGGUUGCAACAAUGACGAGGCAGAAGAACUAACAAGAAUGAGAUAUGCUUAUCCCUGGUGGAAAGAAAAAGUUAUAGAUUCUGAGUUGAAAAGAAGAGAAGGGUUGUGCCCUUUGACACCAGAGGAAACUGCAUUAACAUUAAGUGCACUGGGUAUUGACCAUAAUAUUCAAAUUUAUAUUGCUGCUGGUGAAAUAUACGGCGGAGAAAGGCGAAUGGCAAGUUUGGCAGCAGCGUUUCCUAAUGUGGUCAGGAAGGAGACACUGCUGGAACCUUCAGAUCUGAGAUUUUUCCAGAAUCAUUCAUCACAGAUGGCCGCCUUGGAUUAUCUUGUGUCCCUUGAGAGUGAUAUAUUUGUUCCUACAUAUGAUGGAAACAUGGCUAAAGUAGUGGAAGGCCACCGCAGGCUUGAAAUGGAUUUUUCUGGUAAACUGGGUAUUUCAGUCAGGCCUGUCCUUCGGCAUAUUCUUUGCCCUUGCACUCAUUAUCUCUUUCUGGUGGGUAGGAGAUUCAUCAACUGAAGUGAACUCAAUCUCCUGCUGAGCAGCGAGUUCCUUGCCACUACACGUGUGCGUUUCUGUCAAGGGACAGCUUAUUUAGCUCACUGAGGAGGGGUGGGGUUAAAUGCAGUUCCCUGCCCCCCCAUUCCCGUACUCCCUUUCUGCGCACCCCGCCAGUGUUGAAUUCUUGAUUUUUAAUCCUACUUUUGAGUUGCAUCUGUUUUUGAGGAACUGCCAUUCCAUCUGACUUCGUGUCUGGCAUGUUCCAAUGUCUUUCAGGUUCUUGGGAUUCAAGAAGACUGUUCUUUUGGACAGAAAACUUCUGGUCGAUUUGAUAGACCAAUACAGCAAUGGAUCGAUGAGCUGGGAUGAGUUCUCAUCUAUGGUGAAGGAAGUUCACACAACUCGUAUGGGGAACCCAACAAGACGAGUUGCAAUUCCGGAUAGACCCAAGGAAGAAGAUUAUUUCUAUGCCAAUCCAUACGAGUGCUUGCAACUUCCAGAUGAGCCAUUGAGAAGCACAUGACCCUAUCUGUGCCCAUGAGAUGGUCAUCUUUGAUCGCCCUUCCAUAUGCAUCUGCUGCAGACAGUGACCCAGUUCUUUACAUGGAAGAUUACAAAUGACAAAAGGAUCUUUUCUGUUGGUGAAAUUGGUAUGGAAGAGCACUGGGGCCUGCCUCUUGAUGUUCCUGAGGGGCAUCUCAUCAUUAUUUGUUUCCUUUCAAAUAUUUAAAUAAUCAAAAUGGUGUAUAGAGAGAGAGACAAGACAACCCUGCCAUUUCAGGGCCAAGUAUAUGAGCAGCUGCCAUGUAAACAGUGGGGACGCAGAUUAAGAUUCUUGGGGACGGAGAAUUUGUCAUGGUUAUUCUCCCAAUCUUGUUAUUGAAGAAUUUGCCCGCAUGAAAAAUAUAUGGAAUUUUACAUGUUACAGAUUCUCUUCAGUCUGUAUGAACGCUGCCAUUGUAGUAAAAAAUUAUUGGAUCAGCUGCAA